AGAGAGAGAGAGAGAGAGGGAGAGAGAGAGAGGGGGAGGAAGACCAAAAUCCACCAAGCCUCCCUGGUGUGAGGUUUCUUGGCUACUGACGUGUGCGCACGACUCUCGUGGCAGGAUGAGUUCGUGCAGCAGCCGUGCGUUGACCAUCCUGUCCACAGUGUUUGGAGCCUGUGGGCUGCUGCUGGUGGGGGUGGCCGUGUCCACAGACUACUGGCUGAUUGUAGUGGAGGGCAUCAUCCUCCAGCAGAACCAGAGCAUGGAGGUGAAGAUGGCCCUGCAUUCAGGCCUCUGGAGAGUUUGCUUCGUGGCUGGAUCAGAAAACGGGAGAUGUGUUGCGUCGGAGUACUUCACCGAACCGGAUAUAGAGAUAACCACUGAAAACACUGCAAACAUCCUCAAGAUGGUGCGUACAGCCACGCCCUUCCCGAUGGUGUCACUGCUCUUUGUCUUCACGGCCUUCGUCAUCAGUAACAUCGGACACAUCCGGCCUCAGCGCACCAUCCUGGCCUUUGUCUCUGGGAUCUUCUUCAUCCUCUCAGGCCUCAGUCUGGUGGUGGGCCUGGUGCUCUACAUCUCCAGUAUUAAUGAUGAGGUGAUGAACCGGCCCAGGGAGCCCGAGCAGUUCUUCAACUACCAUUACGGCUGGUCUUUCGCCUUCGCUGCCUCUUCCUUCUUGCUCAAAGAGGGGGCCGGGGUGAUGUCAGUCUAUCUUUUUAUGAAGCGCUACGCCGAGGAAGAGAUGUACCGCCCCCACCCUGCACUCUACCGCCCCCGCCUGUCGGAGAGCAGCGACUACAGCGGCCAGUACCUCCACCCAGAGUCCUCCUGGCCCCCACCAAAACGAGGCCGCAGCACCUCUGAGGCCUCCAGCGACAUCUCCAUCCAGCUCAAUCAGACGCCCCCGGCGCCGCCCAAAGGCAACCUUCAGACAGGCAUCCAGGGCAGCCCGCCCUCAGGGUCUUCUUCUGCAGGGAGCUACCAAAUGCCCCCACAGUCUGCUGGAUACCCCUCCACACACACCCUGCCCAGGUCGCACUCCUCACAUCCCCAAGGCCAGGCCCUUCCCAUGGCCAUGCCUCCAUCGCCUGUGCACCCCCCUCACUAUCAUACACACAUGCACAUGAGUGCCUCCCCCUGUUAGAAAGAGGGAGCACUGGGGAGGGAAGGAGAGACAGUGACUCCUCAUCAUCAUGUAUGCUGAACAUUUAGAUGUGGAUGAGAUCAAAUGCUGAGCUUGGAUCAAAGGCUGAUGUGGAGCACAGAUCAUAUGACAUGUAGUGGGGGGGCGGGGUGACCAAAUAUAAGAAAUGUAGCUUUGGAACAAUAUGAACAAAGGACAAAGGAGCCUGAAAGAAACAUUUUACAGGAACUGCGAUGACAGCAAGGAAUAGAAACAGGAGAAAAGGGAAAAAAAAAUAGAAAUUCAGGUUUUUUCAUGCUGGAAAGAGGGGAAAAGAGUGUUUCCUAGAAAGACUUUAGAUGUUAGGUGAGUGACAGGGGAGAUGCAGGAGAGGGAGAGUGAGGAAGGGAGAGAGCGAGGGGCUGCAGUAUAAUACGAAGAUACUGCAGUGCUGCGGGAAAUUUGUAUGCACUUGGAAAUGUACAAUGCAAAACACAGAUAACAAAGACUGAGGAUGCACAUAGUUUUAUAGAUAAAUGAUUCAUGCCAAUACAU